AUGGAGCAAGCAAAUGCAAAAGGUUCUAUCGGUACUUUUUUAAUUGAGGGAAAAGAUAAAGAUGUUGCUAAUGCAAAAGAUAUUUUAACUGAUAAGUUUGGCCUUAAAGGCAGAAUCACUGUUCAAGUGCCUGCAUCGGCCCGUUCUUGUUUAUUAGGACCUUAUGGUACACUCAUACAAUCAAUUUCCAAUUCAACUGGUGCAUCUAUCACAAUACCAUCACUUCCCAACAAUCCAAAAAAAGAAUCAGUAAAGUCUGAAUUGAAUGAGGAAAUGAUGGAUGUAAUAAUUUUUGGUGAGAUGUGGGCUAUUUGUAAAGCAGGAGUUGAAAUCCAAAACAUUGUAAAAUCUAUGAGUGCAACAAAAAGAAUACAUUAUAUUAGACAUAUUGAAAAUACGUUUUACCCAUUGAUUGCUGGUACACAUAAUCAACGUAUAAAUAAGAUUAGUACUGAUACUGGUACAAAAAUUCAUGUACCUUUUUACAAUUUUGACAACCUCAACACCACAUUUGCCGAUAUAAAAAAAAAUUAUAUUACCAUCACUGGUGAUGGAAAUUCAGUUAAGGUUGCAAGUAAAAUGAUUGAGGAUCUUUAUGAAGAUUUGAAAAUGAAUACGUAUGCUCUUGAUGUUGACAUUCCAAAACGUCAACAUAGAUAUCUAAUUGGUCCAAAUAGUGCUAAUCUUCAUGAAAUACUUGAAACAACAGCAGAAUUUAAAAUUCUAGCAAUCUAUGCCUCAGAUAUUAUUUGUAAGGAAGAAAUAAAAUUUAUCUGUGAUAAUUAUAAUGUUACGAUAAAUAUAAAUAAUAGACAUUUUAAUGAGGGAAAAAAUGGCAGUAAAGAAGACAAAUUUGUUUAUGUUAAAAUAGUCGGGAUGAAAGUUCAUGUUGAAAAGGUCAGGAGUCGAAUUCUAAGCACAGUUAAUAAAUUAAAUAGAGAAAUUGUUGUUUGUGUGAUUAUUCCACCGCAGUAUCAUGCUUCACUGAGACCUAAAGUUAUUGCAAACCUAACAGAGAAAUAUGGUGUACGUAUUCAAUUUCCAAAACAAAAUAAUCGUGCUAUCAUUACUACUAUAACGUAG